GAGUCCGGGCGAGGAUCCCGGACGGUGACUGGCGGCGCCCGGCGGCCCUCCUUCUUCGCGCCACUUCCUCGGCCGAGCCCGCCCAGGCCUCGCCUCUCGCCGAGGAAGAAGCACCAUGAGCGGCGCCGCGCUGCUGCUGAGGCUCCCGGCGGCCGCCGCCGCCGCCCCGCGCCUCUCGCGGUGGACCAGCAGCCGCCGCUGUUGGAGCAGCGAGCCGUGCGCCCCUCAGGCGAGCCCGGUGCGGAUCGGCUGCGCCUCGGGCUUCUGGGGAGACACGGCGGCCUCAGUUCCUCAACUACUCUAUGGAGGGAAACUGGAUUUCCUGGUUUUUGAUUACCUUUCUGAAAUUACAAUGUCUCUACUAGCUACUGCCAAAGCUAGAUCUCCAGAUUUAGGAUAUACUCCUGAUUUUGUAUUAACUGCAAUGGCUCCGUAUAUAAAGGACAUACACAGGAAAGGUGUUCGUGUUGUCAGCAAUGCUGGUGGAAUGAAUCCUCUUGUCUGUGCUACUGCACUCCAAGAAGUGGCCAAAAAAGCUGGCGUCGACUUGAAGAUUGCUGCUAUUACUGGUGAUGAUUUAAUGGGAGAGUUAAACAGCAUCAAAGAAUCUGCCUCAAAAGAGGAGAAUGGGAAGCCGUUUCCAGAAAACAUUCACAGCAUGAAUGUAUAUCUUGGUGCAAGGCCAAUAAGCAGAGCCCUUGACUUAGGAGCAGACGUUGUGGUGACAGGAAGAUGUGUUGACAGUAGCCUUGUAUUGGGACCACUAAUUCAUUCUUUUGGCUGGAAAAGAGAUGAGUUCGGCCUUUUAGCAUCUGGAAGUCUUGCAGGCCAUCUGAUUGAAUGCGGUGCUCAGUGUACAGGCGGAAUAUUUACUGAUUGGCAUAGGGUACCAGACUGGCAUAACAUCGGUUUUCCCAUAGUAGAAUGUUCUUCUGAUGGAAGUUUUAUUGUAUCCAAACCACCUAACACAGGGGGCCUCUUGUCUUUUGGCACGGUGGCAGAACAGUUGGUAUAUGAAAUUGGUAAUCCUAAGGAAUAUCUCCUGCCAGAUGUCACAUGUGACUUCUCUCAAGUUUCCCUUGCUGAAAUCCCAGGUAUUGAAGGUGGUGCAGUGAAAGUUCAGGGAGCAAAAGGAUUGCCUCCAUCAGCAUUUUACAAGGUAAAUGCUACGUACCUUGAUGGAUUCAGAGCUACAGCUUGCUGCCCAGUAGGAGGACCAAAGGCAAUAGAAAAAGCAAGAAGAACUGCUGAAAGUAUUUUGGAAAGGACACGCUUGAUGUUUGAUCAGCUGGGAUAUGAGGACUACAGCAAAAUUAACCUACAGAUUUUAGGUUCCGAGGAAACGUACGGACCGCAUGCCAAAAGGAGCACAGACUGUGGUCCCCGGGAAGUUGUUAUUUGGCUUGCCGUACUUCAUAAGCAGAAAAAGGCAGUGGAAAUCUUUUCCAGAGAGAUUGCUCCAGCUGGAACAGGAAUGGCACCUGGUCUCACUGCAAUAGUUGGAGGACGUCCAAAAGUAUCACCAGUUCUGAAACCAUUUUUCUUUCUUUAUCCAAAAAAGAAUGUCAAGAUUGACAUAUUUAUCAAUGGGCAACAUGUUGAAACAUUUGAGGAGGAUCUUUCAUUCACUUCAGAUGCAGCAAUUUCACAUGAUGAGCCCAUGACUCAGGAAGAGUUAAAAGAUCUACCAAGUGGUCCGCAUGUAUAUCGUCUGGAAGAACUUGCCUAUACCAGAAGUGGGGAAAAAGGCAAUUCUGCAAACAUAGGUGUAGUAGCUCGACAUCCACUGUACUAUCCAUACCUCAAGAAAGCACUAACUGCUCAGACUAUAGAAGGCUAUUUCCAACAUCUUUUAGAGAAGGAACAGUCUGAAGAGAGCUCGGUCACAAGAUACGAAAUGCCAGGAAUACAUGGAUUAAACUUCGUUCUGAAAAAUGCCCUGGGUGGCGGCGGCACUGCAUCUCUGAGAAGUGACCCACAAGGCAAGGCAUAUGGGCAGAUGCUGUUGGACUUCCAGAUUAAAAAUGUUCCAGAUUUAAAAUCUUUGAUAGAAUAACUAUCAAAUCUUUGGCCUCAUUCAGUUUUCAAACAACGUCAAAACACAUAUCAACCCAGAAGUACAUGAUUCAUUCAAAAAUCAAGAAACCACAGAAACGUUUUGGUGGCAAUUAUCAGUCAAAACGUUCAGCUAACGCCCAUGCACAGAUAAGGAAAUGUUCUGAGUAAUGCCAGAUUUGUUGCUUUGAAAGUGACUGGUAUUUCCUGUCUAGCGCAUUGGAUGAAGAGCCUAUUUAUUUCCUGUUAAUAUAAUUAAGCAAUAAAUUUUGGAAUAUC